CCGCUCUGUGGACAGCAGCAGGAGUCUGUAAAGUGGGAGGAGGGAAACAACUGAAGAAAGGACAAAUUGGAACUACAUGGGCUAAGGGGUAUUGGGUGGGGGGUAUGUAAAAAAAAAAGAAGAAAAGAAAAUAGAGGGCGAGAGAGGGUAGAUUUAGCGUAGGACAGACCCAGACAGGCAAAAGAGGAAGAGAAAGACAGAAAGGGGGAGGGAACAAAGGUUACCUCAUCUAGAAGCUGCCUGUGCACACGGUGCCGGGGAGAAGUUGUGGGAAAGUAAACAGCACAGGAGAAUUCAAAUCUGUGUUCAGCCACUUGCAGCCAUUCAAAGGAGGCUGUGAGGAUGAGUGUGCUGUGGUAGGAGCUGGCUGUUUGUGGGAUGUUUCCAGGAUUAAAGGGUCACCAGGGAGUGCCUGAAGCUUCUUGGAGGACAUAGCCUGCUGCUGCUGCUGCUGACAAGAAGGCAUGUCGGCCACAAUAUCUCACCAACCACCAAAGGACAAUGAAGAGGAGGAUGAUGAAGAGCAAGGGGAAGAGUUUACGUUUGAUGACAGCACCGAUGAGGAAAAAGCUCAGGCAGAAAGUAAAGACAUCACCUCGGAAUGUAUUACACCUGUCCAUGUGUCAAAAAGCGACUGCGAUGAGGCAUCAGGUGCUGUAACUGCAGACAGCGCACAGCUUAUUAAAUCUUCACCUCCUGCUGGACCAGAGAGCGCCGAGGCUUCAGUUCCCACCACAGAUGUUCCAGCUGCUGAGUCACCAAAUGGGGCCUCAGCACCAGCAGCAGCAGCCGAACCCAGAGCGCCAGCUCGCUGUGUGGGAGAGGAGCUUCCAGUGGUGCCGCUGUCUGAUUCGGGAGAUCGCAGCCAAAUAACCGUUCAGGAAAGCUCCGACCCGGGGGACAUCUCUGAAGAAGCAGGAGCACCAGAGGCUUCUUCAGAGGUGAUCUAUGAUGAUGUUCCCAGCGAGGAACCGCUCUCUCCCGAUGAAGACAUGAUCUAUGAAGAUGUCCAGAGAGACAGCGGUCCUUUAGAGGCAAACAACGGGUGGAGCUCCAGUGAGUUUGAGAGCUACGACGAGCAGUCUGACAACGACGCCAAACUGCCGGCGAGGAGCAAGCUCUCACCUGAAGUGCAUCGGCUGAGGGAGCGGUGCGCUAGGACCAAACGUGAACUGGCCAUGAGGCUGUCUGGAAAGCACAACUAUGACGUCAAGGUUCAGCAGCUCAUGAGGGCAGCGAGAACCGGGACGAAGGAUGGGCUGGAGAGGACCAAAAUAGCUGUCAUGAGAAAAGUGUCAUUCCUGCAGAGAAAAGAUCAAAUGGAGGAGGAGGAUGAUGCUGGGUACCUGGAUGUGGCUGUGUCAGAAGUGAAGCAUCCUCCCCCGCAGCUGAGUCCUAUGCCAGAGGGGCUGACCAACCACCAGGUUGUCAGGCGCCAUAUCCUUGGCUCCAUCAUUCAGAGCGAGCGGAGCUACCUGGAGUCUCUCAGGAGGAUCCUGCAGGAGUACCACCGACCGUUGAUGGAGGCUGAGCCGCGCAUACUGAGUCCGAGGAAGAUCCGGCCCAUUUUCUACCGAAUCAGAGAGAUCACACAGUGCCACUCCAUGUUCCAGAUUGCGCUGGCUUCCCGCGUUGCCGAGUGGGACAGAAGUGAGAAAAUCGGGGACUUAUUUGUUGCCUCGUUUUCUAAGUCCAUGGUGCUGGAUGUGUACAGUGAUUACGUGAACAACUUCACCAACGCGAUGGCUCUCAUUAAAAAGGGAUGCAUGUCCAAACCGGCGUUCUUGGAAUUUCUAAAGAGGAAGCAGGCCUCCAGUGUUGACAGGAUAACUCUGUAUGGCCUGAUGGUGAAGCCCAUUCAGCGAUUCCCCCAGUUCAUUUUGCUCUUGCAGGAUAUGCUUAAGAAUACACCAAAGGGCCAUGUGGAUCGUCUACCCCUGCAGCUCGCUCUAACAGAGCUGGAGACACUGGCUGAGAAGCUGAAUGAACAGAAACGAGUAGCUGACCAGAUUGCAGAGACUCAACAACUGGCCCGCAGCGUCAGUGAUCGGCUGCUCAGUAAGCAACUGAACUCGGAGCAGAGGUCGCUUGUCCUUUGUGAGACACUUAUUGAGACUGUGUACGGCGAGCGGGGACAGGUCCUGAAGUCAAAGGAGAGAAAGGUCUUCCUCUUUGAUGAUGUGCUCAUCUGUGCCAACAUAAAUGUCAAAGGACCUCCUGAUAUAAGCAGCCUCGUUCCCGUUGGCCCCAAGUACACCGUGAAGUGGAGCGCCCCCCUUCAGCAUGUGCAAGUGGUAGAGGUUGGCCAAGAGAACUCUCAAAGCAAAGACACCUUGUUUCCGCAGAGUGGGGCUAAGAGGCCAAGUGGUGCCUGCAAUUCAGGUAAGGCUCUUCUUGGCCCUCCACGGCUUUACCAGGAGCUGCAGGAACUUCAGCACGACCUUUCAGUCGUGGAAGAGGUUACUCUGCUUGUGGGCACACUUCAGGGGAUAUACCAAAACCUGAACACCACUGUGUCCCAGGACUGGUGUCUGGCUCUGCAGAGGCUUAUCCGCAUCAAAGAAGAACAAAUCCAGUGUGCUAACAAGUGUCGCUUACGCCUGCAGGUACCCGGCAGGCCAGACAAGUCUGGCCGUCCAGUUAGUUUCAUGGUGGUCUUCAACACCCCCAACCCCCUUAGUAAGAUCUCCUGGGUCAACCGACUGCACUUGGCCAAGAUUGCACAACGAGGAGAGAAUUCACGAGGCUGGUUAUAUGGAGAAGAUGAAGGGAAGACAAUAGUACCAUUUUCCUGUCCGCUGCUUGCCUGUUACAUGCCUGUUUUCGCAACAAAGUCAGCAGAGAGAAAGCUUGAAACUGCUCUUCACAACCCUGUCAACUGUGCGUUGUUGGGCUUCUCUGCAGCAAGUACCUCUUUACCUCAAGGCUUUCUCUGGGUGGCGGGUGCAAGCGAAGGUUUUCAGGGCCACAUAGAGAUCUUUUCCCUCAACAGGCCUACCCCAAGGGCUAUAAAGAGCCUACAGAUAGACUCUGCUGUUAGAUGCUUGGAGUAUGUGCAGCCGCCUUCACCGACAGAGGAGGACGACACAGAAGUUCAUAAAGCUGCCACGGGAACCGCUACCAACAUUUGUGUUGGGUUAGAUGAUGGCCGCAUUCUGGUCUACGGGAGCGCGGACACUACAGCACAAUGCCUGCUGACCCUCCGCAACCCAGAGGGCUGCCCUGUACUGUGCCUGAAGCACUCCUCUCGCUUCUUAUUUGCGGGGUUGCGGAAUGGGACCGUGAUGGUUUAUGGAAGAAAUAACAACGAUGAUCUUUGGGACCCUGAGUCUCCAAGAUGUGUAAACCUCGGAGUGGAACCCGUUCGAACUUUGCUGGUGCUGGAUGACUCCGUGUGGGCAAGCUGUGGGAACUCUGUCACAGUCAUGAAAAUAUCUACCCUUACAACUGAGAAAUUUGAAGUCCACCCAGACCCAAUGGUCAGCGUUACGCAUAUGGCCUGUGCCGGAGGAGGGGUGUGGAUGGCCUUCUCAGAGGGCUCCUCCAUUCGUCUCUUUCAUACGGAAACACUGGAGCUUUUACAGGAAAUCAACAUCUCAGCUCGCUCAAUGCUGCAGAACACUGGUCAAAAGAAUAUGCGGGUGACAAGCCUUCUAAUUUGCCAAGGGUUGUUAUGGGUGGGCACUGCCCAAGGCUUAAUCAUCACUCUCCCAGUGCCCAAACUGGAGGGCAUUCCCAAAAUAACAGGAAAGGGAAUGAUCUCCCUAAACGCUCACUGUGGACCAGUGGACUUUCUUGUGGCAACCACCAGCACUCUGUCCCCUGAUCUGCUCAAGAGAGAUUCCGUCGCGGACGGACCAGACUCUGCCUGCGGAGGCGAGGACCGAAGCGACAGCUCCUCUCAGGAAUCCCUGCAACCUUCCAGUUGCUACAAAACCGAGGAGAAAGGCAAGGGACGGGGCAUUCUGCUGCAGUACAGGCUGCGCUCCACGUCAGGACUACCGGGACGGCCACUUACAGCGCAGGGCGACGUGGCCUCCGACUCCUCCCUGGAGUCGUUGGAGCACAGCGUGGAGGACGGCUCCAUCUACGAAUUCAGCGACGACCCGGAGACGUGGGUUCGGGGUCGUCCCUGCGAGAGAGACAACAUGCGUAGGGACAGGGUGAUCUCUGCGGCAGUCAUAUCAGGAGGCAAAGGUUUCCGGAGGCUGAAAGAAGGAGCCGCGGCAGGGUCCAGGCCAAGUGGAGACUCUAUAGAAAAUAUUCUGAUGGUAUGGCAGCUCCCACUGACGGUGUGAUAUGGAAAGAAUGCGGCAACGUUGUGUAUUUCUCGAAGUCUGCCGAACCUCGCCUUGAAUCGCCUGCUCCAACAAUUCGGCAGGUUUGAAUGUAUUAUAAAAUGCUGCCACUGUCACAGACCUUGACAUUCUAUCAUUUUAGCCUGUGGAAAAAGGAAGCCGAGGCGCAGCAUUUGUGACAGAGACCAUCAGUCUAAAAAGAUGCUUUGAAUGUUCAGGAUUGUAUAUAUCCUCAUCUCGCCAGCGGUGGCAGAGGUCGCCACAGAUUAGUUCCAUGCCGUCAUACCGAUCUGCUUCCUCUUCCUGCCUUAGUUAAGACUGAUAUGCCUCACUUUAACCACAUCAAAGCUGCAUGUGCUCUGCCACAUUUAUUUUAUGCAGAGGACUUCAAAUAAGAGUGUCCAUGGACGGCAAGCCUUUGAGAAGAAGCGUUUGUUGAAUCCGCCAUGCUCUGCAGAGUUAGAAAUGGAUGUGUUCUAUAUGUGAUCCUGAGGGAGAGAUCCCAUCUGUUUCAGAGCUGGAAGCUGAAGGCAAACACUUUAUUAGUCUUGCCUGCGUUUUAUUUUUCAUCCCGUAUAAUGUGAACAAAUAACACCUCCUAAUAUGUCUGUGCGUUUCAAAAAAAAAAAAAAGAAAGAAAAAAAGGAAAUCGUUAUGGUGUGGUGUUGCAGUAUUUAGAAAUGACACAUUUUUUGCUCUAAAUAGCUUGUCAGCCUUUUUGUUUGGGGUGGACACGUCAGCGCAUAGCUUACAAGUGCAACGGAUUUUGGUAUCUGGUAAUUGCGUUCUAAAUUCACUCUAUUACAAAGUUCUCUGAUCAAACAGGACUUUUCCAUAUUUUAGAGACCCUUUCACAAGCAUUGCAGAUCAUCCUCCAUUAGCAGCAUAUUAGCAGACAUUUUUCCGCUUCUUUUUUCAACACCCAAAUAAUACAAACGUGCACACAACCCGAUUAAUUCCCCAACGCAAAGGUUACGCAUUAAGCCAAAGUUACACAUCGAAAAACUAGGUUUGCAUGAAACGUGGCGUAGAGCAAAUCAACCCUAAAGAAAAAGUAAUGAGUGGGUCUAUUAAUUUUUGUUUUUCUUAAUGGCAAAAGGAGGUUUCGAAUUAAAGGUGUGAUUCUUACAUGGUGAACUUUUACGAUUAACAACUGUCUAUUGUGUUUUAUAUCAGACAUAAUACAGUAUAUAUAAUCUAGUUCCACAAACAAACUCAAUACAACCACUAAUAAUCCUUUUAAUGCAAACAUAAAACACAUCCUUCCUCCCAUGUAGGUUGUUGGCCUUAACGUUCUCAGAUCACCUAAAAUAUUGUGUAAUAUGUUAUUACCCUGCCAAGCAUUUCAAACCCCUUUUUAAGGAUAGCAAUUAAUAAUUUAAUAAGGAAUGUAAAUAUGAACGGUACUGUUUGUUCUUUUUUAAACUUGUACAAGGACCUUGUGUUCUCCCAACAACUGGAAGAAUGUUGAAUCAAAAGUGGUAUGAGAGGAACUCAGUGGUACUGCGUAGCUUUUAAAAGGUUUUCCUUCAAAAUGUUUUACGUGCAAAUUGUGUUAGCAUUAUCAAGAUUGCAGCCUGCGCUAUUAACCCUUGAUUCAGACUAAAGCAAAAGGUACAUACUUUCCAAUAUGUAUUUUUCAAGUGCUUCAGCACAGUCAGUGGAGGCCACUUAGCUGUUCAGCUAUAAACAAAGCCUUGCAUAUUCCCGGUAAACCAAGCAAUGGUGAUGGUUGUGAGAUGCUAAUUUCUUUACACACUUCAAACUUAUUAAGUUUGAAAUAAAAAGAUAAAUUUGAUUUGUAAUUAAAUUUAAUAUCAAGGCCCUCGUUCGCAAGAAGUUAAUUUAAACAAAAUAUACGACAACAAGAAAGAUUUUAAAGAAAAAAACGAUUUAAAGAUUGAGUGGAUGUCUUACUGGGCACACUGAGGCUUAUUUUGCCAUCUCCUCCUAGCAGCAAAAGUUUUAAAUGCAUUAAACUUGCAGUUAGGCAGAAGCCUUUGAAAGUAAAGAUGAUUCAAGCUUCCCAUCAAUGCUGUUAUCUGUACAUCAGAACUGUGAACCCAGAUAAUGUAAGAUGCAGCUUUUCCGGUCUCCAUAGAGACUGGUUAUAUCACACUUUAUUUUAUUUAUUUUUUUCUUUUGGAAGAAGAGCAGGAGAUUUUAAAUAUAGGAGCAAUCCCAAAAGGAUUUUAUGAUUAUGUGGUAUGCACUGUUAACAUUUGGUUAUCGAGGUACUUUGAUCUCAUUCCCACAUUCUAGAGAUGAAUGUUAUGUUCUUGGUGGAGUCAUCUGAUGACAGAGUUUUUGUUUCUUUGACUGCUAAUGGAAAUAUUUUUUACCCCUGCACUGGAUUUUCCAUUGAUUUUGAAUUGAUCCUAAAUAUUGAUUGUGAUAGAGACUGACUCAUUUAUGCCAUUUUCAUUUACUCACAGGUGGAAUGCAUGGACUGAAUAAUGACAAGAGAACAAACAUACUGUACUAUUAGUUGGCCAGGCUACUGUACUAAAUAAACUUAUAUUUGAUUUUGUAAAGCAUAAAA